CACAUUCAGAGCGGCUGAGUGAUAGCAAAAUCAGGUCAUAUUCACCCCAAAGCAAACGACUGUUUUCCAAUAUUACGUCUCGUCGGAUAGUUGCAGCUCUCAUCACAUACGACUGUCUUCAAAUCCAUCUACACCAUCUCUCUCACCAUAGUUUUCGUUCCGUUCCUACACUCUCUUAGUUGGAAACUAUCAGAGCUUCACUCAUCACUCUCCAGGGUACAGUACACCUUAUACGACUUCUUAUCAAAAGUUGUGCUUCCUUCCUGUAUCUCUUAAGUUGCAAUCCCGCAGGGCUCGCUCAAUUUCUGAGAAAGCAAGCAACGAUAUCCGUGAGGAUGUUUGUCUACCGUCCACAGGAUCUGCCUCAGGAUCCUGUCUUUCCUGCGGAUUUGGAGAAACUUGGGUACUUCAUCAAUGAAAAGGAUCAGAUCAGAAAGAUUGCCAAUCCCGAACAGGAAUUCCAGUUCAAGAUCAAUAGAAAUGACCGAUGUAAUGAUUUACAACGAGGGGCAAUGAACGAAUGCAUUCGCACUGUCGUCUCUUCACGCCUGCGCAGUCUGGGACUCACUACUAUCCGACUUCCUCUCACAUCUGGUCCUAAAGAUCCUCAUGUUCCAAUUUGGGUCUCUGCAAACCUGGCUCGCGCAUCCCGCGUCAUCGUUGUGUUUGGGGAGCCCAUUCAGGACCUUGGUAUCUGGGCAUAUCGUACUGUAGGCACAGAAGGCGUCGACGCAGGUUCAGCUGUGGCUUUUGCGAGAGCAAUCUUGGAACAGAAAUCCGCAGCAGGCUUCAAAGAUACAGACAGUGCUUUACUUCUGGCGAAUACAGGUCAGCUGAUUUGGCACUGCGGUUCCAGUCGAGCAGUCACCCAUCAAACGUGGCUCGCCCUUCCGCGGUCUUCAGCUGUCGAUGCGCCGUUGACGAUGACCCGUCGAAACAAGAUCCCUUCGAACCAGGACUGGCAGGAACAUGUUGCCUGCGUUUUCGACGAGAUCCUCUCGGCCCGCGGUCGCCUCGUCAGGGAGGACGCGAAGAUAGACAUCAUUGGCUUGUCCGAGGGAGGCCUAGGAGCGGUUCGGUAUCUCGCAGCUGAGUGGGACUCAUGGAGAGCAUACGUAUCCGCCAUCGCAUUGUCCAACCCUCUCCAUUACACCCAUUUUGACCUCGUCGAGGAGAGCCCGGCCGUGCCAUCAUCGUUCGUCUCUUUCGUUUCCUCUCGCUGCCGCGCUUACGUACUCUCCGACAAACCUGUUGGCUUCCCCGUGCCAGGCUUUCAAGAGCACGGCUGCAAUUGCUACUCGUCUGGUGAGGCACUGCAUACAGAAUGCAUCAUGCCAAAUGCCUGGGAAAAUAUGCUUCAGUGGCUGGCAAGGAUGUAUGCGAAUCCGUCUGACGGCGAAGCACAUCUCGAGUUCAAGGAGUUGGACGGCGCCACUUCGGAGACCGUUGCUGGGGAUGGAGAUUAGUUCGAAUGGUUGAUGUCCUUUACAGUCCGUAUGACUUUGACUUUCAAAGUUUAUACCCUAAGGCUGACGAAAGACAUCCCUUCAGCCUAGGAUAUUCAAUGGUGCGUUUGAUUUGUUGAGGCGCCAGAAGGGUCCAGUCAGAUAGUCUCAAUUAGUAUCCAUUGUCAACGAGC